AUGUCGCCAAAGAAGCUCAACGCCGCCAGAUAUGCGCCUGCUGAUGUGAGAGACCUGAUAGAGGACACUCAGGCGUUUUCGUCAGUUGUGGUCGAUGCUGACGAAAACAUCCGGCGACACGGCGCUCUCCUCAAAGGGCAUGAUGCGUUGAAGAAGAAUAUCGUCUGGAUCUUGCGACGCUGUGAUGAAACGGCGCAAAAGCUGCACAAGAUCGUUGUUGCAUACGAGGGUAUCGUUAGAGAUGAAGGGGCCGCCACUACAGAUGAGUCAUCACGCAAGCAAUGGGCGAGGGCCUUGAAGACAGUCUACCAAUCAGUCAAGUGGACGACGAUCAAAGAUUCGGUCAAAGAUCUCCGGAAGGAACUUCUACAACACAUCCAAAUCCUUCACUUUAUGAGCCAACAGCUGUUGAAUCGACAAGUGGAUCGACUGGUGGAGUUGAUGGGCCCGAUGGGCAUAACCAUUGAACAAAUCGGGCGCUUGCUCUCUUCCACGAUGCUGAGUCCAUCCAUCCCACCUUUGUACGCCUCAAAUCCCCAAUCUCCUACGAUCAUGUCGCCCAUUUCGAGCCCAUUCGUCUUAGCUCCCAGUGAAAAACAAGAGAAGAUGCAUGAGUCACAGUUAGGCGAAAGGACAAGUCGGAGUCCUGCUCAGAAUGGCGUCCACCAGAAUUCAAUACCGCAAAUGGAGGAUCUCGAUCUCCCAGAGCCAUCCAUGGACUUGUACGACUUCAGUUUCGCUCACAAACUGGAUCUUGACCUACCAGACAGCUUUGCCCAUUCCACUCCAGGUGACGAGUAUCGAAACGUGAAACUCGCUUCGAACAAGGAACAAGAUGAAUUUAUGAGAUCACUGACGGAAGGAAUGGAGUAUGUCGAAUUUCCGAUUGAAUGCGUUGAAUUCGUCUAUCAGAAGACAUCUACUUCAAAUGCGGUCGUAGUGACUGCCAGCGAUUCAGGAAAGGUAUUGCUGUUGAAGAACGGCAAUGCCGUGAGUGACAUCUGGACUUUGAACAACGAAAAAACAAUUCGUUUCCUUCAGAGAGUACCUGUGUGGGAUGAGAUUAUUCCUUUCACCAGUGUUGGUGAGGAGUCAAAUGCAGUGAUUGAACAAGGAGCGGGACUACUAUUUGUGACCUUUGAAAAAGGCAAACAAAUUACGCACUCAAUUCCAACAACUUGGGUGACCUAUAAGUUCAAAGAUCCGAAAGGUAGGUCAUACAAAACCAUCGACACCGAUGAUGACGUUGGCAUGUCUAAACACCGUUUGAGGCCACAGAUUGCAAAGAGUUUCAAGAACAACUUUAUGGUUGGGAUCUGCUCUUGA